GAAGUAAUUGAUACAUCUGGAGGGUGUGGCGCAAGCUUUGCCAUUGAAAUUGUAUCAGAACAAUUUGAAGGGAAGAGGUUGCUGGAGAGGCAUCGGCUGGUGAAUGCUGCUUUGGAAGAGGAAAUGAAAGAAAUUCAUGCUCUAUCAAUAAAGAAAGCUUUGACCCCAGAGCAGUGGAAACAGCAGCAAGAGCCUGAAAAAUCUAAUCCCACUUCUUAAAACGUGGUUCUAAAAUAGUUUGAGACAUUUACAAAGUGUGUUUCUAUUGCUGAGAAAGAUGGAACUACUUGGGAAGAUUUCUUAAGCGCUUUGGUUCAAGUAUUCGCUAAAACUGUAGCAUCAUUCUACCUAGUUUCUGUAUAUUUGAUGCUCAUGUCAUACAGCAUGAUUUUCAUGGUAUGGACUAUGGACACCGUUGUCGAAAGAGUAUGCAAAGUUAGGAUCAA